CACACACACACACACACACACACACACAAACACACACACUUGUGCAGUUAGGGAGUAAAGUUCAAGUCAGUCAGGACGAGAGAGAGAUCACCGUCCUGCCGAGGAGGACGACGGACGAACUGGACGACACCACCGGGAGGAAGAUGUCGGCCUUGGACUCGUCCUCCUGCUGUCCGUCUUGUCUCCGUCUGAAGGACAGAUGUCCUCGACCUCAUGGACUCAUCAACCUGCUCAUCACCAAAGUGUGUCUGUUCGCUCUGCUGUUCGGGGUCGUCUGGUCCAUAACAGGAAGUGAGUGUUUACCUGGAGGAAACCUGUUCGGCGUGGUCAUCCUCUUCAUCUGCUCCGUGUUGGGAGGGAAGCUGGUUGGAAUGAUCCAACUGCCCACUCUGCCCCCCUUCCCUCCACUACUUGGGAUGCUGCUGGCCGGUCUGCUGCUGCGUAACGUUCCGUACAUAACGGACGCCGUCUACAUCAACACUCACUGGUCUUCAGCUCUGAGGAACGUCGCCCUGUCAAUCAUCCUGACCAGAGCCGGGCUGGGCCUCGACCCGUCGGCGUUGAGUCGUCUGAAGGCGGUGUGUUUGCGUCUUGCGAUCGGCCCGUGUGUGGUGGAGGCCUCCAUCGUCGCCGUGGUUUCUCACUUCCUGUUGGGGCUGCCCUGGGUGUGGGGCUUCAUCCUGGGUUUCGUCCUGGCUGCCGUGUCUCCGGCGGUCGUGGUUCCCUCGAUGUUGCUCCUGCAGAGAGAAGGAUACGGAGUGGAGAAGGGAAUCCCCACCCUCCUGAUGGCUGCUGGGAGUUUUGAUGACAUUCUGGCCAUAACAGGGUUCUCCACCUGCCUUGGAAUCGCCUUCUCCACAGGUUCUACGUGGAUGAACAUACUGAAGGGUCUUCUGGAGGUGGUGGGAGGGGUCAUAGCCGGGCUGAUCCUGGGUCUGCUCCUGUGCUGCUUCCCCAGUAAAGACCAGGAGGACCUGGUGUUGAGGAGAACCCUCAUGUUGUUGGGUCUGUCCAUAUUCUCGGUCUUCUUCAGUCACGUUAUUGGUUUUGCCGGAGCGGGUGGUCUCUGCACGCUGGUUCUGGCCUUCCUGGCUGCUCUGGGCUGGAAGACCGACAAGGCCCCGGUGGCCGCCAUGGUGGGGCGCUCAUGGGACGUGUUCCAGCCGCUCCUCUUUGGACUGAUUGGAGCAGAGAUCACCAUAGCAACCCUCAGCCCCAGCACCGUGGGUCUUGGUCUGGCCUGUAUCGGCACCGGUCUGGUGAUCCGGCUGCUCGUCACCUUCCUGCUGGUUCAUUACGGAGGAUUCAACCUGAAGGAGAAAUUCUUCAUCGCUGUGGCCUGGCUGCCCAAAGCCACCGUACAGGCAGCUAUCGGCUCCAAGGCGUUGGACUUGGCGAGAGAGGAGGGGGACGAGACCCUGAUUAAGUUUGGUUUGGACGUGCUAACACUAGCCGUGUUAGCCAUCCUGACCACGGCUCCCAUCGGAGCGCUGGGUAUCGGACUGGCAGGACCACGCCUCCUGGCCCGGCAGGUCAAAGCAGAUGAUGCUGAAGGCGGAGCCACGACUCCAAGCAGCAAAGGGAUUGGUCAAGAAAAGGACAAUGUGACCCUUGAGAGCAAACUAUGAGGCCUCUGAUUGGACAAACAAAAGAAAGCUAUCUUAUGCACCUUAAGUUAAAACAUUUUGUAGGCGCAGAUAUGUUUUAAAAAAUGUCUUUGAUGUAUGUUUCUUUUGAUGUGCUAAUGCUAUCUUAAACUAGCUACUGUUGCUACCUUAAUGUUCAGCUACUGAUGCGUUACCUCUGCUGUAUGUGACUAUUGGUGAGAGUUAGGAAUGAAAAAACAGUAAGUUGUGUUAAGUCAACAUUAUGAGAUACUAUGUGGAAACUAUGAGACAGUAAAUCUAAGUAAAAAUUGUGUUUUUCACUCAGUAUGAAGAGAUUUACUUUCUUAAAAGUAUCAAUGAUAGUAAGUAUGUCAAACCUAUUUGUUUAUUACAUCAAAAAUAAUAAAA